AUGAUCUUUAGUAUGGCUGGGACAUUGGAUACAGCAAGAGAAGUAGCUCUGAUUCCCAAUGCACAGGCAUUUGAAGACCUCUUAUGUGAUCUGGAUGUGUGGGCAAGCGCUCCCGAUGAGCAGCACAGGAUGCUUUAUGAGCAUUUCUAUGAGCUUAUCACAGAUCAUCAACGAGAAAAUCUUGUCAUUGUACGGCGAUCACCACUGUUGUCUCGAGUGCUAUUCGUUCUGUUUGAUCGACCACACUUAUUGUGGGCAACAAACGAAAUCGUCUUCAACCUGCUUUCGGCGAUUGUACAGCCUCAAUCCGACAACCGAAGUAUGCUGAAAUUGGGACAAGCUAUAGCUGCUACUUUGCCUACCACAGCCGAAGACCUUGCAGUGGAGUCCAAGCUGCCUUUCCACAUCUCAGAAUUGCAAAUCCAGCUGAUUGCGAAUCAAAAGCCCCAUGAAGGCAAACCUAGCGUCUUAUACAACGUGUACGUAAGAAACCGUCUGCUGAACAUGAUCGCGAAUUUCUUAUCUCAUUCUAGUCCACAAUUGAAUCAACAUAUGGCAGAUCAAAUAGUGCGUGUUUUGGGAUUUGAUUGGAUCUACUGCCUCCUUUCUCCUGAAAUCCACUCUGGGACAGUAUUCUUGGCUCUGAGGAUUCUUCUCGCGUUGUUGGCACAUCCUCCAUUACUCGUGAAGUUCCGUGAAGGAACUGCGAACGGUGGCUGGCUCACUGAUGCGGAUUCUGUAGUGAGGAAUAGAGCGGCCGUAAGUAUUCUAUUCACUUGUGCUGCUUGUGGGCAAGGUCAGUGGAUGCCAGAUAUGGUGUAGAC